UUCUGCGUUGGAAAGGUAAUUGGCUCAGAUUGCCCGCGGAGGGAGAAAGCUGCUAAGAAAGAAAAACAGGAUAAUUAUUCAAGGUCUUUGGCUAGCAACCCUCUGGAGAUAACCCAUCACUGCAUUUUCCAGGUUUGUAAGAUGUCUUCAGCACCUCAGCCUUCAGAUGUUCAACAUGAAGCACCCAAAAGAAAAGAUUAUCGAAUUCCAGGACUCCGAGGUGCUCAAACUACUACUUUGUUCCGUGCUGUGAAUCCAGAACUUUUCAUUAAACCUAACAAAGCAGUUAUGGCUUUUGGCCUUGUGACAAUUACUCUCUGUGUGGCUUAUAUUGGGUACUUGCACGCACAACAAGAAAACAAAAAGGAUCUCUAUGAAGCUAUUGACAGUGAAGGAAACAGACUUAUGAAACGCAAGACUUCAAAAUGGGACUGAAAAAACUGUCAGUGUUGACAAAUAUCAACAUGGAAGAAGACAUUUGAUUUUCUGCAUGGUGACUUUCAGGAUUUUGACUGAAGCAUUACCAUUUAUUUUUAUACAAUGAAUGCUUUUUUAAAAAAAUCAGUUUAAACAUCAGUGUGAAAUGCUAUUAUCUAUUGAUAUUUUGAAUAAAGCACAUUAUAACAAAAAGGGUACUGCAGAAUAUGUGCAACUUAUUUCUUAUCUAUACUGUGCCAAAAGAUGCUUUAGAAUUAUUGCCAGAAUUGCACUGUCUGGUUUUAAAGUUUAUUAUUAAUUGUCAGUGUUUUAGUAAGUCACUCAAAAAACAUUUCUAAAAUGUGUUAUUUGUGCAAUCAUCCACCUGUGCAAAUUUUUAAUAUUUCAAAUAUUAAAUAAGGGAAAACUUUUCCAUAGUCUCUUCUGAAGUUAUUUAUUUAUGAUUUAGUGUACAAAAUGAUUGAUGGAUUGAUAUUUUUCACUCAAGGCAAUAAAACUAAUCUGUUAAAA